AUGUCUGCAGAGCAGUUCAACUACAUUGAACAGGACAGGACCGCCCCGCCAGGUGGAGACGAACUCCCAACCUACGAAGAUUUAGCUGCUCAAAAUGGUCCAAACUCGAGGCAAGCGCCAUGUGCAACUUUGAUUGGAGACUUUGAGCUUAUAUGUGGUGACUGGGAAACUAUUGAAUUAGAUGUGACGCCCGAGGAGCGGGCACGCCGGCGAGCACAGGGAUGGGAUAAACAGCUCCCAGACCAAGCUCAGAACUAUCCGGGUUCCUCAGGCCCACCGUCUACAAUGUUGUACACCACGCAACCACCGGUGCACUCUACACAUCCCCCGUUGCACAUUCAGACGAGCAACCUUUCGAUCCAUGACACACCUCAACCGCCCAUUAGGGACGAUGCCUCACUGCCUCUCCCGUUCGUUAGCCAGAGUAUUCCUCCAAGUCACCUCAAAAUCAACCAAUUCGGUUCACGAUUUCUACCCCACGCGACUUCUCAAAUACGAUGCAUCCUCCCCUUGAUGGCAGAUCGAUUGGUUCUCAUUGGACACGACGAAGGGCUUUCAGUGUUGGACAUGUUUCCCAAAGAUUGGAAUGAGAAUGGAGAGGUGACCAUCAAGCAACCAAAUGAAGCCCAGGCGCAUCUCAUCUGGAAGGGAGAGACGAUCUAUCAAAUGACGAUACUGGAACUUGAGGAAUCAGGGGAGGGAACGUUACAGGGUGUCGUAUUAGCACUUGUCGGCCCCGAGCCUGAUUCUCCCUCGGGUACCCACAAAGACUCCGACUUUCGUGUGCUACGGAUGUACAAUCUCGGUAGCUUGACAAGUCUUGCUCGGUGGGCAGUAGCCCAAAAAGGCUCCCGUCCGUUGGACUUAUAUCGCCCAUCACAUUGGCAAGCACAGCAACAAAGCCCACGGAAGCAUCGACCCCAAGGCAGCAUAGCACGCAGCCUCAAAUCCCUGAUAACAGACACACCCCCAAACCCACCCCAGGCUGCAGAGCCAACCGCAUCAUACCACUCGUUCCUUACCUCCCCGUCAUCUGGGUCUCCCUACCGAACAGGUGGUGCAUCCGAGCGGGAAAGUCCUAUCCGACAGAAUUCUGAAGAUUCGACAUGGGACGUGGUUGACGACCUCCCAUUGCGAUGGGCAACAGACUUUGUGCCUCUGGCUUCCCCUGGUUCACGGCUAGCCAACACCUCCGUCAUAGCAUACGCUACAUGGGCUGACAAGAACCGAAGAGGGUCGACCGGUGGCCAACUGUUGGCAAUUGCGACGAAGAACAGCAUCCUCCUAUACGAGUCGCCGAAAGGUGAACGCGCCUACCGAUUCGUCAAAGACUUUUACACGCCCCUCCAGCCAAAGAAUCUGACAUUCUUUGAUCAACUCGUUCAGCAGGAAAUUGGGCUCGACAGCCCAGGCAAACACACUCGCUCUGGAAGCGCGGCCUCGAUUCGACCUGUUAUCAACGACCAAACCAAUGGCAACACUAUCAACUACGGGACGCAGCUCAGUCUAUUUGUCGUUUUCGAAAAGAAGGCCUCAUGGAUUCGAAUAGCGGAUUCGUCCGUUGGCGAGUUCGAGCUGAAGGAAGAUGGCGGGCCUCCACCUAACAUCAUGGCUCGGUAA